AUGUCUGGCCAUCCGUCCUCCCAACACAUGGAGCGUGUGGUCCGCUGGGCAGGUCGAUCCCAGCACACUCUGACCCGAGCCUUAACCGCUCAGCUCCGUAUAGCCGCGCGUUUUAAUGCGCUGCGAUCAAUGCGCGCCGCUGCUCUUACAACAUCUUACUUUGCUAUAUCGUCUGCCAUACCGACUCUUCUACCAACAAGCUGA